ACCGAAUGUAACUCGGAAGGCAUUGUCGACUAAUCCCCCACAACAACUGAAGGCGUUUUCAAGGCCUUUCUAAGCUCUCGCUAUGACCGCGAUCCGACAGGAGCUGAGGUCGAAGCGUGCGGCGCUGCAUCGUGCCAAACUACUUUCGGCAAUCAGUCAACUGAAUGCUCACUCCCGCUUACCACAAGUGAUUUAAGCUUCCCACGCACAACCAAGAUUGCAGCAAACAACUAAGCCGACAUGCAGAAUGGCACGCGGCUACACCGUCUUCGGAAUCGUGGACUAUUCUAGUGGAGGCUCUGCAGAGGCCGGACCUAUGAGUGUAAUGACGGCGUGGAGUUGCCUCUGCGGUCUUACGCUCACUAGGGGACUUGUGCAGGGAGUAUAAUCCUUCUGCUAGCACCUCAGGCCUGUGUCUUCAGUGUUGUUCUGAAAUCAGUCUUCCUGUGCCACUUAGCUAUCACAUCAGCAGUCAUUAUGGUUCUCUUCUUUCGCAGUUUCCCCUCUCUUUCCCCGGUCAUCAUAUUCAUCGUCUUUCUCUUGCCUCUUUGUCAGUCGGAGAACGUUGUCGCCUUGAGAGCACUCCAUACCACCAUGGCCGGCGAAUUCACGUGUCCUUCUGGGGGUAAAUGGUACGCUUGCCCUUCAAACACUGGGUCAUCCAAGUUUGUGGGAUGUUGCGCAGGCGACGCGGACCCAUGCACGACAGGGUGUACUCAAGGAAACAUUCGUCCUGUUGCCUAUCCGUUUGAGAACUAUGGAAUUUUCCCCGAUGCUAGCUGCGGUAUCAACAGCGACUUCUUCACUUGCGCUGCUGCUGUCAAUAAGACCUUUUGGGGAUGUUGCAAAUCGAAUCCUUGCUCGUCAGACCCGCCAACAUGUCCUGACGGCAACCUGACGCCGGCCUUCGUGGAUCAACCUGCGCAAAUCAACUUCUACGUCGCCUCUCAAAUUGCAUCUGGAACAUCAUCAAUAUCGAGUGCAUCGGUCUCUGCAAUAUCCAGCAGCGAUGGAGGCAGCAAGUCCAAUGGCGCAGUCAUCGGUGGAGCAGUCGGAGGAGCUGCCGGUGCCAUUCUCAUCAUUAGUUUGAUCGUUCUCCUUCUCUGGCGCAGGAGACGCAACGCGAAGACUGUCCAUAGCGACAAUGUCGAGGUCGCUAGCCCCACGACGAACAAUCUCAAAGCUUUCGAUCCUCACUCCCCCAACCCUCCUGCUCAGUCACCAGCACCACCAACAUACUCUGCGACCAGUGGAGACUACUACCAGAGUAUUACACCACAAGACAAGGCCAACCGCGACACUCAGAGUCCCUACUCACAAGGGCAGUGGGCUUACACCACCGACAGACCUCAGGAAAUGGAAGCGGAUGUCGGUCCGCCGAAUAGAUACUCGGAGCUUCCUGCUGAGGUUGCAAGACCUGGCACACAUAACAGAUACUCAGAGCUGUCGACCGGGCCAAGCUGUCGGGUAUCGCCUUACCACUCGCCGAAGGCCUCACAGAACGAGAAUACUGUUGAACCAAAAGCUAGGGGGCUAGGCGUGGUGACCGAAGACUCAACAAAACCCUUGGGUCUGCCGAUAGAUUGAACCUUUCGCUUUUUGGGACGCUUUACCUUGCUAGCUUUAAUUAUUGCAUAUAUGCCGGGUGAAAUGGCUUGUACGUAUCGGACUUUCAUUCAACGGAUAUAGCCUCUACUGUUAUAAUGCAGAAGACAUACCAAACCCUUCCUCACGAACUGGUAGUGACUAUCCGAUGAUAUUACGCCAUUCACCUGACAAGCGACUAUACAGACUCGACCCAAUACGUUCAUGGCUGGCCGUGGCCGCUUGACCAUGAUCUAAUUUGCUUUCGAAUAUACGCCAAAACCGAAGGGAACCACAGCACUGCUCAACGCUCCUAUCAACUCUAGUACCGCUGUCUUGUGUCUCAAUUAAGGAAUGAUGGCUGAACAAAGACCCCAUGCUAUUGUC